GUUCAACUGAAUCGAAAGUCGGUAUAAUUUCGACGCGUUCGGAAAUCGAAUUAAGAACGUUAGAGUGAGAGGUGCACGGAGGUUCUAUAGAGCGGUGGCAAUUUUAUUGUUGUUGGCGGCAGAGAUUUUUUCCGAGGCGUGUAAAUGGGAGUAGGCGCGCGAGUGGGCGCGCCGGUACAACAAGCGCGCUCUUCAGUGUUCUGGCUGAGCUUCAAGCGAGCGCGUGCGAACCGAGUGCUAUCCGAUAAAUUGUCGCAUCGUAACUAUCUUAUCAUACGAAUGAAGUUAUUCGUACUAAUUUAGAACUGCAACUGUGUAUUGCUUUGAGUGGACUUUGUCGGUGCCGUAUGUUGAGCUUCCAGGGAGAUCGCAAUAGGAAGGUGGCCCGACCAUGUUGAUAUCGGCGGGCAGUGGCCCCACGCCCGAGUUUUCCCCCGUCUCGUGCUGCGCGUCCUGGAAAAUGGAAUCAGCGCCUCCUGCGCCCGCGGCAAUCACACAACCUUUGAACAUAUCCACUAAUGUACCAGUAUCUCCGUCAUCGUCGACGGGAGGUGCCGGCGGCGGAUCCGGGACCCCUCUCUACCCUGGUGCAGCGUCUCAUCCCCUGUCUUCAUUACUGUCACAGCAACGGCUUCUAGAGCUUUCCAGAUUCGGCUUAAGGCAUUAUGAUAUCGCCCACCAUGUUUUGUCUCAACAAGGUGCUGUCACGAAGUUGCUUGGUACAUUACGGCCGCCGGGUCUUAUAGGAGGUAGCAAGCCGAAAGUUGCUACACCUGCUGUAGUAUCCAAGAUUGAACAGUACAAACGAGAAAACCCCACAAUAUUCGCAUGGGAAAUACGCGAACGGCUUAUAUCUGAAGGUGUUUGCACAAACGCAACUGCGCCGAGCGUCUCAUCAAUUAACAGAAUACUAAGGAACCGGGCAGCCGAACGAGCUGCCGCUGAAUUCGCCAGAGCAGCGGGCUAUGGGCUUUACGCUGCCCCACCUCCGUAUGGAGCAUUUCCGUGGGCUGGUGGCGGAGGUGUGUGGCCUCCUGGGACUCUGUCACUUCCACCCGGAGUACCAGGGCCACCAACCGGAGUACCGCACCCUGACGUUGUACAACAAGGAUAUUUGUCCUCAGGACGAGGGCUUAUAGAUGUGGACGGAGACGAUUCAGGGUCUCUUGAUGGUGAACAGCCAAAGUUUAGGAGAAAUCGUACGACUUUCAGUCAAGACCAAUUAGAAGAGUUAGAAAAAGAGUUCGAAAAGUCACAUUAUCCUUGCGUUUCAACGCGAGAACGACUGGCUUCGAAAACGUCGUUAUCGGAAGCACGGGUUCAGGUUUGGUUUUCCAACAGACGAGCAAAGUGGAGGCGCCACCAGCGCAUGAACCUCCUGAAGCGCGGUGGCGGCUCCUCCCCCCGCCACCCCGCCCGCUCUCCUUCGCGCUCCCCUUCUCGUUCUCUGUCCCCUCCGCGCGGACCCUUCCCCCCGCAGAUGGGCGGCGAGAACAGCGCAUUCAAAGCGCUCUCGCAUCAAGAUACAAACGCUCUCAAGGCACUGUCACAUCAAACGCAAUUCGAUAGUAACGCGCUGAAAGCAUUGUCGCAACAGUCCGCCUUCGACGGCACGUUCAAGCCUCAUCCCGCGUUGGAAAGCAGCGCGUUCAAAGCGCUUGUACCGCACUCGGCAGCCGCCGCACUCUUGGCGGCACAAUCCAUACAAUUAGCUCGGGGAUACGAAUCUCAUUCCGACUCAGACGAAGAGAUAAAUGUACACGAUGAAAGCGAUGACGAUGGUGGCAAGAAUAAGAGUUUAACUAGAUCUCCGAGUCCGAACCGGCAUCGACCGCCAGUCUCUAACGAUAUACCUCUACAGCUCACUAAGCAUGAUCGCUAAAACUUUACUCGAUUUUAAAAGGAAAUUAAUAAAUUUGUAAGUCCACAUUCUCAACACGUCAAACUUAUAAUGCUGCUAGGCAAAAUAGUUUUGCAAACAUUGUAAAAAUCGUUUGUUGAUGAAAUUAAUUACUUAAAAUGUGCACACUGCUCACUGUGAUUCAAGGCUUUUAUUAUUAAUUGUUGAUUGUUAUUAUUUCAUCAACAGUAUAGUUUGGAUAUAGUAUACCAAAGUAUUUAAGUUACAUACAAUGAAUAUUUGUUAUGAAGAGUUCCUAAACCGAUUAAUUUCAUGUCAGUUCCAUCGGUAAUUUGUAUUGUAAUACAUUUAGAUAAUUAUUGUUUUGUAACUUGAUAUUUAUUGUUCAACAUAUCACACAUUCCAUUAAAAUAUAUUUUCUAAACAUUCCUUUUUUUUUAAAUUUUCAAAGAAUUUUUGGGUAUUCAAUUAUUUUUAGAAUUAUUAUAUUAUAUCGUUUUAGUUCUAAUCAUUUGCGGAAUUCCUGUGCGUUACAUAAUUUUAAGAGUGUAAAUAUUGUUGAAUGUUUUUUUUUUAAUUACUGUAAUAGCACUAUUUAUUAUUAAUU